AUGGAGGUGUAUAGCCAGAGAAGUAGUGAGAAUGAGCCAGGCUGGGAGAUCCUGAGAGAAAUGACAGUGGUGGUGACUGUGAAGAAGUGGUGGAACCUUCCAAAGGGGGUGGCAUUUCUCCCAUCCAGCCUGUUGGUGCCCAGUGGGAUGAUCAAGGGUGGACCCCUGGAACAGAAGUACUGAUAGAAGCAGUUCCAUUUUCACUGGGGGGCCAUCGAUGCCUGGGGCUCCGAGCACACUGUGGACAGCAAGUGUUACUCAGGGUAGCUGCACUUGGUGCAUUGGAAUGCAGCCAAAUUUGAAGACUUUGAGGCUGCAGCACUGGCAGAAAACGGUUUGGCUGUGAUAGGAGUACUUUUAAAGCUUGGCAAACAUCAUAAUGAGCUAUAGAAAUUGGUGGAUACCUUGCCAUCAAUUAAGCAUAAGGACACCCUGGUGGAAUUUGGGUCUUUUGACCCUGGCUGCCUAAUGACCAGCUGCCCAGAUUACUGGACCUACUUGGUGUCCUUGACUACCCCACCACUCUAUGAGUCCAUCACCUGGAUCACUAAGAAGCAGCCUGUAGAGGUGGACAAUGAUCAGGUACAUUCUGUCCACAUUUCUGUAUGAGGCCAU